AUGAAUUCCCCCGACAACGGGGUACAUGAAUGUCAAUCACGUAUUCCAAAAAAACACGGCCUGCAUAGAGACAACAGUUUUCGCAACAUGGCGGGCAUCGCCAGGGUUUGCCAAGCUUGCUUGCGACCGCGGGUGUCGCAAUUUUCGCUUGUGCCGACAGGCCGAGCCGGAUUUGCCACUUGUGCCUUUACGGUACCAAGCCGAGGGCCCACACCAGAACAAACCCUUUUUGUCGCUGGCCUGAACGAAGGCAAAUUCUUUGGUCAGGACAGCGCUGAAGAAACGCUGAAAUUGGUGGAACGUGUGGCGCAGCAUAGUCCAGAGUAUACUUUGCUUUUUGGGAUCUCAGAUCGGAGACUUGCAGAACUAGAGCAAGACAACAAAGUGAAGCAAGGAAGGCUUACGCCAAGCCGGGAUCUAGAAGGACGAUUGCAUUGUGAAAUGGUUCCAGUUUUGCAGGCUGGGAUGGUGGAUAAGCGACCCAGAAAGCACGUGGGCAGAUCUGUUUUCACAGAUCAGGUUCACGUCGCUUGGCUGCUGUGGAAGAAUCCUCAAGAAGCACGAAAAGUGUAUUGGGCUUUCUGGCGGCAGCGGCAUUACAAGGAUGCGGAGGCGCGAUCCUUCUGGGCCAAACAUUUUCCAGUCUCGUCCUAUGGUUACUUCGAGGAGCGCGCUCACAUCAUUGCCAUCCGCGCGACGGAGCACAUGAUGGCCUUGCGAAAGCAGUUUGAUGUUGGUGGCACUGCAGAAUCUUCCAGCCCAGAGCCAACCAAACCAGACAAUAAGGAGAUGAACAACUCCACUGUUUUGGUUGUGAACAACGACAUUUAUGACCUGGUGGUUCAACAUUUGAAUGACUUUUUGGGCAAGGAUGCGCCUGAGAACUUCAAUUCCCAGGAGUUUGCGCGUAAGCUGCGAGACACCGCUGAGGAGUUGUGCCAGGACAUCAUCGAUCUUACGCCACUACUGGUUUUUGUGUAUGUCAUUCUGCCAUUGCUGAUCUUCCAGUUCUUCUUCAACGCAGGUCAGUACUACUUGAAACAGUCCGGCAUGUUGGAGCAACUCAUGAUGGGCGAAUCCUCUCGGCGGCUGUGAUUUGCGCAACAUUCCCCGGUCCCGCG